GAAGGCGGGGACAGAAGACAAGACCCCAGUGUGUGAAGCCUGGAGGAAAUGGGUCAGUGCAGGGCUGUGAAAGAGCCAGGCUGGGCCUGGCCUGGCCUGUGUGGAGCUCAGUCUGCUCUCCCUGCCCCUCUCUCCUCUCCUCCCCUUGCCCCCAAAAUAGCUCCCUGGGCUGCCAGGCCAAGACCAUCCCUUCGAGGGGGGAGGCGGGGCAUGCUGCCCAGAGCCCGGCUUUAAAUCCCCAGGCAGCUGGGGAUCUCCACUGCCUGGCUGGAGGCACUGCUGAGGCCGCCUGUCCGGCCGCCUGUCCAGCCGUCAGUCCAGCUCGCCCUCCUGCAGCCAUGUCCCGGCCCCUGACCGACCAGGAGAAGAGAAAGCAGAUCAGCGUGCGCGGCUUGGCCGGCGUGGAGAAUGUCACCGAGCUGAAGAAGAACUUCAACCGGCACCUCCAUUUCACACUCGUCAAAGACCGCAAUGUGGCCACCCCGCGAGACUACUACUUCGCGCUGGCCCACACUGUGCGCGACCACCUUGUGGGCCGCUGGAUCCGCACGCAGCAGCACUACUAUGAGAAGGACCCCAAGAGGAUCUACUACCUGUCUCUGGAGUUCUACAUAGGCCGGACGCUACAGAACACCAUGGUGAACCUGGCCCUGGAGAAUGCCUGUGAUGAGGCCACCUACCAGCUGGGCCUGGACAUGGAAGAGCUGGAGGAAAUCGAGGAGGACGCAGGCCUGGGCAACGGAGGCCUGGGCCGGCUGGCGGCCUGCUUCCUGGACUCCAUGGCAACGCUGGGCCUGGCUGCCUAUGGCUAUGGGAUCCGCUAUGAGUUCGGGAUUUUUAACCAGAAGAUCUGUGGGGGCUGGCAGAUGGAGGAGGCUGAUGACUGGCUCCGCUACGGGAACCCCUGGGAGAAGGCCCGACCGGAGUUUAUGCUGCCUGUGCACUUCUACGGCCACGUGGAGCACACCAGCCAGGGGGUCAAGUGGGUGGACACACAGGUGGUGCUGGCCAUGCCUUACGACACGCCCGUGCCUGGCUACCGCAACAACUUCGUCAACACCAUGCGCCUGUGGUCCGCCAAGGCCCCCAACGACUUCAACCUCAAGGACUUCAAUGUCGGUGGCUACAUCCAGGCUGUGCUGGACCGCAACCUGGCAGAGAACAUCUCUCGUGUCCUGUACCCCAAUGACAAUUUCUUCGAGGGAAAGGAGCUGCGGCUGAAGCAGGAGUACUUUGUCGUGGCUGCCACACUCCAGGACAUCAUCCGCCGCUUCAAGUCCUCCAAGUUCGGCUGCCGCGACCCCGUGCGCACGAGCUUCGAUGCCUUCCCGGAUAAGGUGGCCAUCCAGCUCAAUGACACCCACCCCUCCUUGGCCAUCCCUGAGCUGAUGAGGAUUCUGGUGGACCUGGAGCGGCUGGACUGGGACAAGGCAUGGGAUGUGACAGUGAGGACCUGUGCCUACACCAACCACACAGUGCUGCCUGAGGCCCUGGAGCGCUGGCCAGUGCACCUCAUUGAGACGCUGCUCCCCCGGCACCUCCAGAUCAUCUAUGAGAUCAACCAGCGCUUCCUUAACCGGGUGGCCGCCGCCUUCCCCGGAGACGUAGACCGGCUGCGACGCAUGUCGCUGGUGGAGGAGGGCGCAGUGAAGCGCAUCAACAUGGCCCACCUGUGCAUCGCUGGGUCGCACGCCGUCAAUGGUGUGGCUCGCAUCCACUCUGAGAUCCUCAAGAAGACCAUCUUCAAGGACUUCUACGAGCUGGAGCCUCAUAAGUUCCAGAAUAAGACCAACGGCAUCACCCCUCGGCGCUGGCUGGUUCUGUGUAACCCCGGGCUGGCAGAGGUCAUUGCCGAGCGCAUCGGGGAGGAAUACAUCUCAGACCUGGACCAGCUGCGCAAACUGCUCUCCUACGUGGACGAUGAGGCCUUUAUCCGGGAUGUGGCGAAAGUGAAGCAGGAAAACAAGCUCAAGUUCUCUGCAUACCUAGAGAAGGAAUACAAUGUCCAUAUCAACCCCAACUCACUCUUCGAUGUCCAGGUGAAGCGGAUUCAUGAAUAUAAACGCCAGCUCCUCAACUGCCUCCACGUCAUCACGCUGUACAACCGCAUCAAGAAGGAACCCAAUAAGUUUUUUGUGCCUCGAACUGUGAUGAUUGGAGGGAAGGCCGCACCUGGGUACCACAUGGCCAAGAUGAUCAUCAAACUCGUCACAGCCAUUGGGGAUGUGGUCAACCACGACCCGGUGGUGGGAGACCGCCUUCGCGUGAUCUUCCUGGAGAACUACCGAGUCUCGCUGGCUGAGAAAGUGAUCCCGGCCGCGGACCUCUCCGAGCAGAUCUCCACCGCAGGCACCGAGGCCUCAGGCACUGGCAACAUGAAGUUCAUGCUCAAUGGGGCUCUGACCAUUGGCACCAUGGACGGGGCCAACGUGGAGAUGGCAGAAGAGGCGGGCGAGGAGAACUUCUUCAUCUUCGGCAUGCGGGUGGAGGACGUGGACAGGCUUGACCAGAAAGGGUACAAUGCCCAGGAGUACUACGACCGAAUUCCUGAGCUUCGGCAGGUCAUCGAGCAGCUGAGCAGCGGCUUCUUCUCCCCCAAACAGCCCGACCUGUUCAAGGACAUUGUCAACAUGCUCAUGCACCAUGACCGGUUUAAGGUCUUUGCAGAUUAUGAAGACUACAUUAAAUGCCAGGAGAAAGUUAGCGCCCUGUACAAGAACCCCAGAGAGUGGACGCAGAUGGUGAUCCGGAACAUAGCCACCUCAGGCAAAUUCUCCAGCGACCGCACCAUUGCCCAGUACGCCCGAGAGAUCUGGGGCGUGGAGCCUACCCGCCAGCGCCUGCUGGCCCCUGAUGAGAAGAUCUGAGAGUCCAGACCAGACCCUAAACCAGCCCCUGAGUCUGUUUGCAAUCCCUUGGGCCAGCCCCAGCUCCUCAUCCAGAGGGUGGGGUACUGGAGUUAGAUCUCUAAGCCUCUUCCUGGAACCCCCAUUUCCACCCAGCCUCGAAGUCCCAGUGUCCACCUUGACUAAGGACAUUGCUCCCAUCCUGUCCUCCGGCUCCCUGCCUGCUCCUAUUUAUGGGUCUGACCAACUGCACCCACUCCCCAAUAAAUUGAUUCUCCUUGAGA